UGUAGUAAUAUCGCCACCCGUUCGAGCGCAGCACUGGGACAAGGCUAACGCUAGUCGCGAGAUAUAACACGUAGUUUGCCAGCCCUGGUGGGAUCCCUCUGCGGCUCGAUGCUUGUCAAUUUGACAGCUGUUGAAAUAAGAUUUGGGUUAAGUUUAAGAAUCGGGUUCAAAUUCAGUAUUGCGCGUUAUGAUACAUGUGAGUGGAAAUUGUAAAAUGUGUGAAAACUCACAAAUGCCUAGUGAAUUGACAAGUGUGCGUGUGGUAGAAGUUGAAAAUUAUCAAUGUAUUUAGAAAAUAAUAUUUCAAACAAGUUUUAUAUUUUAAAUACGUACUGCCUGUAAGUUUAAGAUGUCUAAAGUCUCGAAUAAAAUUGGUGUAGAAGAGUACGUAGAGAACUUUCUUGCUGAGAAUGCGGCUCUACGUCGCAAACUACAGAGUAAGGCUGAAGCUUUACUUAUACUAAGUAAAGAACUCGAUCAAUGUCGUACCGAAAGAGAUCAGUUUAAACUUAUGGCAGAACAAUUACAAGACAGAUACACAUCACUCAAAAAGAAAUCUUUUGAUUUAGGACUCAGCCGAUCGUACUUGUAUUCUUCAGGUACAGAUUGUUAUGACACUGGGAGUACCAUUAUGGAAAUUUUGAAUGAGACCAAAGAAAAAAAUAAAGCUAUGAAAAUUGAAAUAGAAGACUUAAGACAGAAGCUUCGAGACGCUCAGGGAGAUGUCAAGGUCCUACGCCUUAGAGUCAGUCAGCAAAAGAACUGUGGUAUGUCUGGCGAGAAUCAAAAUUUUCCGUCCCAUCAGAAAGAGGAGUUGGUGCAGCAAUUAGAAAUAAUGAAUGUUAAGUGCACUCAAAUGGAAGCAGACCUGCAGUCUGUUCUUGAUGAGAAAGAAGAGUUAGUAACUGAAAGAGAUGCAUACAAGUGCAAAGUUCACAGACUUAAUCAUGAACUGAACACACUGAUGAAAGGCGAUGGAAAAAAUAUAGUGGAUGUUGAUGCUCUUGUAAUGGAAAAUAGGUAUUUGCAAGACAGAUUGCAUCAAGCUGAAGAAGAAAAAGAAUUAGUGAACCAAGCAUUAUCAAAAUAUAAGAGCAUGUUGGAAAAGAAGCGAAGUAAAGGAACAGUAAAAUUGGGUGCUAACAACAGUUCUGGCAUGGUUAUGACUCACAGGCAGGUUCAACAGUUACUUGAACAUGGAACCUCUGCUCAGUUGCCAAAUACUGCUGCUACUUUAGCUGACAUGAAAAGUUUAUGUCUAGCUCUUUUGGAAGCAUUAAGUGAUAAAUCCUUGGCUCUCUCUCAUCAAAAAAAGGCAAACAGAAUUUUGGCAAGACGUGUAUCUGAACUUGAACAACGGUUGAAUAUUGUCCAAGGUGGAUCAGUAGCAGUUUUUCCAUCACAAGUAUUGCUAGAAGGAUACUCCAGUUCAGAAGUGGACAGAGAUGUGAAUCGGAUUCUUGCAGCAGAAUCCUCGGAUUCUGAAGGAGAAACUAUAGAUUCAAACCGUGUAGCACUCUCUGGUGAUUCUUUGUGCCUUUCACCAUUAAACGAUGCUCUUCCGCUUCAAUUGCAGCGCCUUGUUCAAAAAGCUCUUGAUGAAAUCAAGCAAGAAGAACUUUCCAAUAGUGGAUCAUAAUGUUUUGUGUAAAGAGUGAUUUUAUACAUUCAUAUUCCAGCUGCUGUUGGUAUUAAUAUUGUAGAUAAUUGAAGAUGUUUAAUAUAUUGGUAUUGUGUUUUGUUGAGUAUUAAUACAUUUUAAAAAUAAAUAUAACCUGUGUUUUGUUUACUUUACUAUCUUGAUUUUCUUUCACUCUCAGAAAAUUAUUUUGUCAUGUUUGAACACGAAUUUCUUGUUUUAGAAGAGCAGGAGAGUCUUUUGAUUAUACACACUCAUGGAGGUAAAAAACAUGUCCAUUAAUAGCCAUGCAUUUAGUGACUGCAUCUUCAAAAAGUGUGUGAGAGGAUGUUCAGUAUUAUUGAUAGAAUGAAGAUUUCAUAAAAUCUGAAGAUAAGUACGUACAUAGAUUCUGAAGAUGUAUGUUCUUUCUUAUAUAUUUAAAACAAGAGAAUUUGUAGGUAUAGCAUUGCUGCCUGCUGGUUUAAAAAUGUAAUCACCAAGAUGACAAAUAUACAAAUAUUAUUACUAUACUAUUGGUUAUAGGAAAUUAGUGACAUAUUGUGAAGUCUUUCAAAGAACUCAAGUGAAUCAAUAAGAGUAAUCAUACUUAUAAUCAAAUUCUGCAAAAAGCAAUGUAUUGUUAUGAAAAUGUAUAUGAUAAACUUGCCUAUAAUGCCUAUAUCUGCCUAUAAAGAUGGAAAAUUGACAGGAUUUUUUGCUGUAAUUGUAUUUUACUGUCAAAAAGAAUUCAAUAGAAAAUGUUCACAAGACUGCAAUAUCUGGAGAGUACCUGAUAUAAGAAUGAUCAUGGUGGUCCUUUCUAAUCCAAUUGCAAUCACAGAACGUAUCAGAAUGAUAGAGUACCUGAAGACAUUUUUCAGUUUCACUAUUUUCUUUCACAAUCACAGCCAUUUACACUUGAACGAGCUGAGGGUAGAGUUUUUUAUUGACGAUUGCUUGCCUAAUGAAAUUCUUCAAUAAAGACAAAAUUUUUAGGAAUCAGUCACUUAAGUCACUUCCUAGGCAAUAAUGAAGUUCAAGAUGAAAUGGUUUAAAAGAUCCAGACUGAGACUAAAGAACUGAAGUCGUAAGUACUUAUUAAAUGAAAUUUCCAUUAGAUUUCUAUAUGAAAGAAGAAUAACCAUAUUUUUCUCACAAACCCAGCCAUUGAAAAUCUAGAAGAAGAAUCAAAAGUACAGAUGAAAAUCGGGCACAAAGUAGCUUAAAAAUCUCGGGGAACAUUUAGACAAAAUUGGUAUUGAUAUGAGAAAUCCACAAAUGAAGCAAAGGCAUUGAAGAAUAACCUAAUAUAAGAAAAUAUUCAUUUUGCUGCGUUAAACUGUGACAAUAAAUUUAGGUGGCUCAGUGUUUGGAGAUCUUCUCACUCUCACAUGUUUUACCCUUUUCUCCCUCUCUGCACACUAUUACAGUUCAGUGCUUGGCAUCAACUGUGGUCAACAGUGGUUAGAACAAGAAAGGGAAUACCUUUUAUCAUGAUUCACCCACAUUUGCAUAGUCAACUCAGAGCCUUUCAAGCCAGUAAUCCCACUGUGAUAGUAUUAGCUGGCACUAAUGCCUUUUGUUAGUAUUAGCUGGCACUAGGGUCUUUAACAACUUUCUUGAGUGUGAAUUUAUUUACAAACAAUUAACUAACAACUUAAAUAAAUAACUUUUAUUUAAAGAAAUACACAAGUUUUUGUGUUUCAAGUACAAAUAUAAAAGCUUUGUAGGUGAUAGAAAGGCCCGGUACUGAUGACUCAAUUGACCACCUCAUCGGGUGGCAAAAGAAAGCUACUAAAUCACAUGUGUGAAACAGUAGCCAGAUUUGUAGUACUCUUCCAGCUUGUUGCCAAUAAAGAGAGAAGAUUUGAAAAAAUUGGAUUUCCACUGUAGUAAAUAUUUAUAUUGUACAGUUGUAAGACUGUAUAUGCCUACAAAAACUAUUGUAUACUUCUCAAUCUGUAACCACCACCUUGUUAGCUUGUUUUGAGUCUUUCAUAGCGUUUUCCUUGAUCCAUUGCACAAAUGGUGAGGUUUCUUGCUUUGCUUCUGGACUUUAAGUAUUGCUUUUUUUCCCUAUUCCUCCUCAAACAUCAUGAACCAUUACAGUUACUUUAUUGUUUUUGACAUUAAUAAAUUAAGGCCAUUCAAAAAACAGACUCACAAUAUUUUACUUAUUUCAAUUUCCAUUUUUGAACAAUUCGUAAAUAACUUUUGUAGUAACACAUCUUCAGAGUUCCAUUUUGAACCCUCCUCCUUCAUAUGUUAAAUAAAAGUUACAUGUUUAAUAUAAAAAUUGAAGAAAAAUGUUAAAUGUCAAGUAGUCGGGGCAACGAAGUGCCUUCAUUUUUGUAAAUUAGAAGAGAAAUAUGUGAAUAAAGACAUUUCCCAACUGAUGAAUAUGGUGCUGAUAAUGUAGAAAAUCCAGCAUUGUACCCAAUCUUUGGGUAUGCAAACAAUGCCUGAAACCAUUACAGUAGAAAAUAAUUUGCAUUACCAGCAUUGUCUAGGUACGGUUAGGUAUUGUUGUCUAGCAUAUAACAAGCAAAGUAAAAAUACCUCACCACUUCACAUUUACCUUGCCGGUGUAUUGCCUGCUCCAUGAUUUUAAAAAUGUCGAAAGAUGGCAUCUUGUACACCAAUAAAUACAGUUAACAAUAGGGUUGGAUAGGUUUAAAUAUGUUUUACAGUACUUUUAACAUUUGUGCAUUUUUAAUAUUGAAGGUAAUGUUUUAAUGAUGAAAAAAUACACCUAAAACAGGAACUGUCAAACAAUAUUGUGCAAUAACUUUUAGAAAUUACAAAAAGGCUGCUACAAAAAGUAGCCUUCUCACAAAUAAGCAUUAUGAGCAUCUCUUCAAUCAGGUAAAAGCAGUUAUAAAGGAAGAAAGAAUCGAAACAUAAGUUACUGAAAAAAUUCAACAGCUGCAACAAAGGAAGAAUCGGCUUGUACAGAAUAGCAGGUUCAUACCAAAAUACAGGUUCAGAUUAUUUCCAUGUUACAAUGGAGGAAUCACAAUGGCUACAUCUGGAGGUUAGCCACUUGGUUGGCAAGAGGAUGUGUCUAAAAGCAUCAAAAGAUGCUUAGGACAUGUGAAUACAACAAUUUAAGCAGGGAUUCCUCAACGACUUAAAAGAACCAAGAGUAGGGUUACCAGAUUUUUCAGGAAAAGUACUGAUUUUCUAAUAUGUAUAAUCUAUUCACCUUUUAAUUUAAUUUUUUUAAUAUAAAAAAUAAAUUUGCAUUAAAGAAAAAAGUGAUAUUACGAGUAAAUCUCGUUUCUAAAUAUAAGAACAAUAAGUAUAUAUAAGGAAUAUUGAAACAGAUUAGAAGAAUUUGUAACAAUAAAGCUGGCUUAAUCAUAUAAUUUAUUGUAAAGUGCAGUAUUAAUAUAUAAAUUGAUCUCUCUUCUAUAGUAGUAUAAAAACUUUGUAUCUAUGUCGUUAUUAUGAGUAUGUAAACAUGUAUAUAUGUCAUUAUUAAAAAAGUUUUGGGUUUUUUUGAUCUUGGUCUCUGGUAAUCGUAGGCAGGAGGGAAAAUAGUUAUUGGUCAUGGUAGUUGAGGUAGAAAAAUAAAGGGACUAAGUUCAAAGGCAAAAAUAUAUGUACAAAAUAUUACAAAUAUAAAUUAUUACUUAUCUUGACAUGCACAAUGUCAAAAAAAGAAAAGGGUGUAUCAUGAAUGGCAAUAAAAGUUUGUGAUUUUGUUGAGAAUGAAUUUUUUGGAGGAAAUUCAAAGAUACUAAUUUUGGAAGUGUGAUAUUUUUUAUUAUAUUGCUUCAACUCCUUCAUGUUCUAAUAAAAUAAUUAAAAAAAUAUUAUAAAUUUUUUUAAAUAUUGAUUGUUCGUGUAUAUUUUGACAUUAAUAAUUACGAAACUUAAAUUAACAAUAAAAUAUUUAAUUGGGGGAACAUGAGAAUUUUCAAUUAUUUGUAAAAGUAUUCAACUCAUUACCAUAAUGAUUGUAGGUAUUACGGUAUGGUAGAUAUGUGAAAAUCUGAACUGUUUUGGUGUCUUGGUAAAUAUAUACAAAUGGUAAAACUAAAAAUAUAAACAAUAAAACUAAAAAUAUAAAUAAAAAACAUAUACAAAUGGUAUAUGGAUGUUUUCCACAUCAAAUAAACCUCCUCCAAUUCACUUAAAGCCAUCAUUAAGACUAAUGGUUUCUUCUGAUGCUAGAGUUCUAUUCUAACAGACCAAAUUUUAUGCAUGAAAAUUGACACAUUUCAAAGUUUUCUAUAAUCCUUAAAGUAUAAUAUAAAGUAUCAUAUAAAGUUAUGCAAUAUAUUUUCAACAACUGUACAGAUAUAUAUCAUUAAUUUUAUUUGCAUAGUUUUAUAAAAUUGUCAAAUUAUUUAAUAUCUUGGUACUACAUCCAUAAUUACUAAAAACAAAACAAAAUGUAAUAGGUGGCAUGAAUGUAUAUUGCCAACUUUUAUUAUCUCAAUAAUAUUAACAUAAAAUUAAUACUAAUAAAAAUGUGAGAACAUGCAUGUUUCAUCAACCCUUCCCUUUUCAAUGUCUUUUUGCAGUUUAGAACCCCCUGCAAUUUUUUUUAAUAAACUCUAAUUAAAUUGCAUUUUAUUGCAACUAGGGUAUUGCAGAACUGUGUUAAAAAUUAAUAUAAAUGUCCAACACAUUUUUAGUACACAACAGUACACAUUUUAUUUUUCCCCAAUAUGUAUUGAUGUUCCAGACAUGCUUAUAGUUACAUUUGCACUUUCCAGGGCUUUCUGGAGAAUUUUUAGUUUUACCAAUUCUUGCUGUUUCUGUAUUUUAAAGAGCUCCCUUUUGUGUUGAGCUUCUUCCCGACGAAAUUCUACUUCCUCUUUCAUUUGUUGCAUCAUCAUUUGAAUAACAUCUGUUCUCCUUGGGUCAGAUUUUUCUCUAUGCUGGGUAUUGUUUUCUGUAUUCUGGAGAGGUGAUAAGAGGUCUGAGUUCAGUUGUGUCCAUUUGCACCAAUUCAAAGCGUUUCCAUCAUUCUCUGCAGGUGUAGAGGAAUUCUCUACCAGUUGUUCAACAGAUAAUGGAUCACAGGCAUUAGCAGGGAUAGUAGGGUUUUCUUCAAAUCCUUCAUGUUCCACUUCCUCUGAAGUUCCAUUAGUUGUAAGUGAAAAACAUUUCUCCACAAUUGGCAGGUUGUCAGUUGUUAAACAGAUUCUUUUGGAAUCCUCUGAGAGACAAUUGGAAGAUAGUAAUUUUUCUUUAAUUAUGACUGCAUCAUUGGUGUCAUCAUUACGAAUAUUUAAUGAUCCUUUCCUGGGUACACCUAUAACUUCCAUUACUUGUUCUUCAAUGCAGUUUAAGGAGUUUGCUCUGGAAGCAUUGCCUGCCAGAAUUCGCCUAGUGGUUUUCUUUAAAUUAUUCCAACAAUUAUGCAAAGUGUCUAUCGUCCUUGGAGUUUCCCCGGAUGAGGCAUUAAAUUCUUUAGUUAAGUAACACCAUGCCUUGUGUUUUGCUGUAGUCCCCACUUUGUCACUUUUUUUGUUUUCAAUAGUAUCCUCAUACUUUCUAACAAGGGUUACCAGAAGUGCUUUCUCCUUAAUUGUAAAAUUUGAGGAGCGACUUUUCCUCAAGCUAGUUUCCAUAUUAGGGAGCUUAUAUAAUAAAAUCUGUAAAGGGUUUAGAAGAUGGCUAAACAAUAUAAUAUAGGCGAAGGAAGCGUAAAGUAGGUAGUACUAACUUAAAAUUAAAAUAUUAAAUUCUCCAGACUAUGCACCAUUUCAGUCUUCAGUACUGAAGUAUUACCCUAUCAUUCCAAGGGAAUUCAGUUCUACAACAAUAAACAUCUGGGUGGGUUUUUUUUUUUCGAAUUCGCGGGGUUAUUUAUACAAUCCGUUUGGGUGAUUAUUACGCUGAAGAACGAGGAUUAUACGAUUAACGGAAACUAGGAUUAGCGCGUACUUCGACCACACAAUUGAGGUUAAUAAUUUCGCUUGACAACUCAAAUCACUGGAAGAAUAUUUGUUUUGUCCACACUGGAACAAACUCGUUAAUUUGAAUCCCGCCUUACACACCGUUUCGUUUCUAUAUUCUGACAAAAAUAUGUCCGGGUUUAGUUAAACCUUGAUCUUCUUCGAGGAAUAGCUAAGAACGACAGGAAAAUGUUUGGUUGCCAAACAGCGACGUUUAUUCUUAGAUCCAUCUCUC